AUGUUCACUGAUCAUGCAGCACUCAAGUACUUGCUUACCAAACAAGAAUCUAAGCUUAAACUCAUAAGGUGGAUCUUGCUACUCCAAGAAUUUGAUAUUGAGAUUAAAGAUAGAAGCGGGACAAAGAACAAAGUAGUUGACCACCUCUCAAGGAUCCCACAAGAAGAAGAAAUGCAACAAGUAGCAGUAAAUGAAAGCUUUCCUGAUGAACAAUUGAUGAUGAUUCAAGUAGCCCCUUGGUUCGCGGACAUAGCCAACUUCAAGGCUAUUGGGGAGCUACCAACAAACAUCAAUAAGCACAUGAGGAGGAAGCUAAUCAAGGAUGCCAAACACUACAUAUGGGAUGAUCUCUAUUUGUUCAAAAAGUGUACUGAUGGUGUCCUAAGAAGGUGUAUAUCCCAUGAAGAAGGGCAGGAAGUGUUAUGGCAAUGCCAUGGAUCAGCAUAUAGAGGCACUUCAGUGGAGAAAGGACAGCAACAAAGGUGCUCCAAUCCAGAUUUUACUGGCCAACAGUUUUUAAGGAUGCCAAGGAAAUGGUAUCAAGAUUUCAUGGGAUCCUUCCCUACCUCCUACUCAAAUAGCUACAUAUUAAUGGCUGUUGAUUAUGUUUCAAGAUGGGUAAAGGCCAUAGCUACUGCAACAAAUGACAACAAGGUUGUGAUAAACUUCUUGAGAAGGAAUAUCUUCAGCAGAUUUGGAGUUCCCAAAGCUCUUAUUAGCAAUGGAGGGUCACACUUCUGCAACAAACAAUUGGAAGCACUCCUUCUCAGAUAUGGAGACUGGUCUAGGAAGCUAGAUGAUGCUCUAUGGGCCUACAGGACAGCCUUCAAGACCCCCAUUGGGAUGUCACCAUACCAACUAGUAUUUGGCAAGGCUUGCCACUUACCAGUUGAACUAGAGCACAGAGCUUUCUGGGCUCUAAAACUACUCAAUUUUGAUGAAAAGGCUGCUGGAGAAAAGAGAUUAAUGCAACUCAAUGAACUGGAAGAGUUUAGAAAUCGAGCAUAUGAGAAUGUAAAAAUCUACAAAGAGAACACAAAAAGGUGGCAUGACCAAAAGAUAGCAAGAAGAGAGUUCACUGAAGGACAAAAGGUGUUACUCUACAAGUCAAGACUCAAGUUCUUCCCUGAAAAGCUUAAGUCUCGAUGGUCAGGACCUUUCACCAUACUCAAAGUGUUUCCCUAUGGUCAUGUGGAGCUCAUGGAAGACAAGACUCAGAGAACUUUUUCUGUCAAUGGCCAUAGACUCAAACACUACUUGGGAGGCUCAUUGGAGGAGCAGAGAGUGAGCUACAAGCUCAGCUAA